GCUUAGCUACUACAAUGCGAGAUCUUCUUCAUUGUCGGAUUCCAAACGCUGAAACGCCGUCGUAUCGCCAACCACCGUCUUCCUCCCGUCCUCAUUUUUGUAGCAGAGAGCUCUGAAUCAAAGCAAAAAACAUUUGCCUGUAUACCUAAGCCAACCACAGCUAUUCUUGUAGCAGAGAGCUCUGAUUGUCGGAUUACCAGCUUACCAUAAGCAGCUUUUUGUCUGUUUUUCUGCUCCGAGUUUUGGUGAAUUCAUUUGAUUCAGCUCAGUAAUGAGACUUAACUAGACGUGAUUAUGGAAAAAGUAUCUUCGGACUGUCCUUAUCCAGGAUGUUUCUUUUGUGUCAUGAAAGAAGGAAAUCCUAGUAAGCGCAGAGCUAGUAUCUUGAAAUUCUUCAGAGAACUUCCUUCUCAAGAUGAUGAUGGUCAAGUUCUCCCUAUUAGUGGCCUUUGGAACACAGCAAUGGCACAUCCGAACGAUCCCGAAUUUAUCGAAUUGGGGAUAUUCAAAUGUAUGGCUGCACUUAUAUGGAAGGGACUGAAGAAUCGCCACUGGCUUUCUCACGACCAAAACAUUUACAUUCCGUAUUACGCUGCACAUAUCAUCGGAUCCUACACGAUGAACAUGGAGGAGUUUGCUGAAAGUGCUGUUCAUGCUGGGGUGAUUCCUCCAUUAGUUGAACUUCUGAGGGGAAGACUAACUUGGGUUGAGCAGAGGGUAGCUGUUCGUGCCCUCGGACAUCUGGCUACGUAUGCAAGUACUUUUCCUGCUGUGGCUAGUCACGUCGAAAUACUCGAGCUAUCGAUUCAGCUAGCAAUGAGUUCUCUUGAAAUUGUUUAUACUCACUUUUAUCAGUAUGUGGACAGAAGGCUUAGUUAUCACUGUGAUCUGCUUACUCGUGGAAUGGGUGGGGGCGAGAUGGAAUCAAGGAAGGCAGAGGAAUGGGCCAGCCAGUUACAGUGUUGGUCCUUACAACUUAUCAAUUGCUUUGCAUUCAAACCCGAGUUUCUUUCGACUAUAUGCAAGCCCGAAUUUGUAGUAAAGCUUCCUGGCAUGUGGGGCGGUCUCGUUAACGAAAAUUCACCUGCUGGUAUCGGUUUAUUGAGAACAAUCUGCCAUCAUAAACUCGGUAGGGGACCUGUUGCUAGCUGCCCCAGUAUUGUCGAAGCGUUAUGUAAUAUCGCCCGCUCUUCAGACGAUUGGCAGUCUAUGGCUAUUGACUGUCUCAUGUGGUUGCUUCAGGAUUCAAGUACAAGUCAUAAGGUGAUCGACAAAGCUGCCCCUGCGCUUCUGGAUCUUGCUGAGAUAUCAUCUCUAGGCGAUCACCGGAGAUUGGGGGAGUCCAUAAUUGAUAUUCUUCAGGAAUGCGUCGAAUCACAAGGGGCUGGACGCAAUUCGAUCAGCAGUCGUACGAAGGAACAGAUAGAAGAGCUAUUAAAUUCAAGGCAGAGACUCGAGUGGGAAAAGAACAUGCCGAAAGAGGAUCUCCGAAUCAAACAGGCUGCUGCGCUCGUAAUCAAGCUUGAAGGAAAUUCCAUGUUUUCAUCAGGAAAUAUAUCUGCAGCUGCAUUUAAAUACUCGGAAGCGCUAGCAUUGUGUCCGAUGAGAUCGAAAAAGGAACGAGUCGUUCUUUUCAGUAACCGUGCUCAAUGUUAUCUUCUGUUGCAGCAGCCAAUGGCUGCCAUCAGUGAUGCCACACGUGCUCUUUGUCUUCACAACCCCAUAAACCGUCAUGCCAAAAGUCUUUGGAGAAGAGCUCAGGCAUAUGAUAUGCUUGGGCUGGCUAAAGAAAGCUUGUUGGAUGCCAUUUUGUUCAUAAAUGAGUGCUCUCAGUCCAAUGACCCCGACCUUUCAUUAAGGCAAAACAAGGUUCCUGACUACGCCGAGCGACUCGUUAAGAAGCAGAUGCGUGCAUCUUGGUUAUUCAGGGAGGCAGCCAUUAAACAUGGCAAUGUCCAAUGUGAAGAUGGUGCUGCUGGUGAUGUCUAUGGUAGGGAGACUGAUGAUUCUGAAUGGGAGACAGCCAGUGAAAGCGAUAUCGGAAACGAUGGAAGGGACGAAAUGGGAGAUGACGAAGAAGAUGACGACGACGACGACGAUUGCGAACAGAGAUGUAGCCAUCUUGAGUAGAAAGAGUGUCAUUAUUAUGAAUCACGUGUUAUUUAUUUUUGUACAUACACAAUUCACAGUGUUCUUUAUUUUUGAACUGCAAAUUCCAACUUUUCAUUCAUAAUGGCUCUUUGAAUUGGUUUUA